CCCAUAACGCCCCGCCGGGCCAGACCGGGCGGCGUCCCCGGGCUGCCGGCCCCUCGGCCCGGCCCUGCCGAGCUGUCCGCGCCCGCCGAGUGCUGAAGGAGAAGGAGGAGGGCACCGGGAGGAGUGGGGAGGGAGCCCCCCGAUCCAUCCCCGUGCACACGGCGGCGGCCAUGGAAGAGGAGCUGAAGUGCCCGGUGUGCGGCUCGCUCUUCAGGGAGCCCAUCAUCCUGCCCUGCUCGCACAAUGUCUGCCUGCCCUGCGCCCGCACCAUCGCCGUGCAGACCCCGGAGAGCGAGCAGCACCUGCCGGCCCUGCUCCACCCGCGGGGCACCGCCGCUCCGGCCCCGAGCCCAACAACAACAACGACAACCCCGGGGCCGCCCGGGGGCUCCGCCGCCCCCUUGGACCCGGAGUGCUCGGCGGGCGGCGGCGGGGACCACGCGGACAAGCUGAGCCUGCACAGCGAGACCGACAGCGGCUACGGCUCCUACACGCCCAGCCUCAAGUCCCCCAACGGCGUGCGGGUGCUGCCGCUGGUGCCCGCACCCCCGGGGGGAGCAGCAGCAGCAGCAGCUCCGCGGGGCGCCGUCCCCAGCCCCAGCCCCAUCCCCGGCCCCGUGGGCUCGUCCCUCACCUGCCCGCAGUGCCACCGGAGCGCCUCGCUGGAGCAGCGCGGCCUCCGCGGCUUCCAGCGCAACCGGCUGCUGGAGGCCAUCGUGCAGCGCUACCGCCAGGGCCGCACGGCCAGGUGCCAGCUGUGCGACCGCAGCCCGGCCGAGCCGGCGGCCGUGCUGUGCGAGCAGUGCGAGGUGCUGUACUGCGCCGCCUGCCAGCUCCGCUGCCACCCGGCCCGCGGGCCCUUCGCCAAGCACCGCCUGGCGCCGCCGCCCGGCCAGCCCGGACCCCCCCCCGGGGCCGAAGGGAAAGGGGCGGGCGGCGGGCGCAAGCCGGCGACGUGCGCCGAGCAUGAGCUGGAGCAGUACAGCAUGUACUGCCUGAGCUGCCGCAGCCCCGUCUGCUACCAGUGCCUGGAGGACGGCCGGCACGGCAAGCACGACGUCAAGGCCCUGGGAGCCAUGUGGAAGCAGCACAAGGCACAGCUCUCUCAGGCUUUAAAUGGUGUUUCAGAUAAAGCAAAAGAAGCUAAAGAAUUUUUGGUUCAGCUGAAAAAUCUAUUGCAGCAGAUACAGGAGAAUGGGUUGGAUUACGAAGCCUGUCUCGUUGCUCAGUGCGAUGCCCUGGUCGAUGCGUUAACACGACAAAAGGCCAAACUGCUCACAAAAGUUACCAAGGAACGUGAGCACAAACUAAAAGUUGUUUGGGACCAGAUAAAUCACUGUACGCUGAAGCUACGUCAGUCAACAGGGCUUAUGGAGUACUGCCUAGAAGUUAUCAAAGAAAAUGAUCCCUCUGGGUUUUUACAGAUUUCAGAUGCUUUAAUCAAACGUGUUCAGGUAUCCCAGGAACAAUGGGUCAAAGGAGCCUUGGAGCCAAAAGUGUCUGCUGAGUUUGACCUGACAUUGGAUAGCGAACCUUUACUGGAGGCGAUUCACCAUUUGGAUUUUAUUCAGAUGAAAUGUAGGGUUCCUGUUACAGUGCCACCCGUCCCAUUACUGCAGCUGGAGAAGUGUUGCACCAGAAACAACAGUGUGACAUUGGCCUGGAGGAUGCCACCUUUGAGCCACAACCCGGUGGAGGGUUAUAUCUUGGAACUUGAUGAUGGAGAUGGUGGCCAAUUCCGAGAAGUAUAUGUUGGCAAGGAGACUCUCUGCACUAUUGAUGGCCUUCAUUUCAACAGCACCUAUAAUGCAAGAGUCAAAGCUUUUAAUUCAUCGGGAGUUGGUCCUUACAGCAAGACAGUUAUCUUACAGACAUCUGAUGUGGCGUGGUUCACCUUCGACCCCUCCUCAGCUCACAGGGACAUCGUGUUGUCAAACGACAACCAGACGGCCACCUGCAGCAGCUACGAUGACCGGGUUGUUCUGGGCACAGCCGCCUUCUCCAAGGGCGUGCAUUACUGGGAACUGCACGUGGACCGCUACGACAACCAUCCUGAUCCAGCCUUUGGCAUCGCCAGGAUUAACGUCGUCAAGGACAUGAUGCUGGGCAAGGACGACAAGGCUUGGGCCAUGUACGUUGACAACAACCGCAGCUGGUUCAUGCACUGCAACUCUCACACCAACCGGACUGAAGGAGGAGUCUCUAAAGGUGCCACCGUUGGUGUUCUGCUGGAUCUGAACAAGCACAACCUGACCUUCUAUAUAAAUGGGCAGCAGCAAGGACCUCCAGCUUUUGAAAACAUUGAGGGUGUCUUCAUGCCUGCACUGAGCCUCAAUCGAAACGUCCAGGUGACACUGCAGACAGGACUGGAGGUGCCACAAUGUGUAAAGCAGCCAAAGUUGCCCAGCAACUAAUGAAGCUUCUGCCUGAGCCCCUGCUGGAUCUGCAAGCUUUCUCAGUGUGAUUUGGCACCUUUUAGUAAGUCAGAAAAAAAGCAUUCUCUUCCCUACGUAAAAUGUUGUACACCGUGUUGCUCACUGAGUACUCCACUGGUUACAGCUCGCCCACUCCAUCUUUGAUUUAACAAGCCAUAGCAAGCAUACCCACAGAACUGGCACGUGAUUACAACUGGGUACCUGCACAUAUCUAUACUGCAUUGCAUACAUGUGCACACACAUGCAUACACAUAUUUAUAAGGUGAAAAGGUAAAUGAGUGUAUUUUCUCUCCCAUGGCUGGAUUUGUACUCAAAAGAUAUUAAGGAUGCUUGAAAAAAUGGGCAAGACUAGGACUGGAGAACAUUGGCUGCUGGAACAAUUCACCAGUUGGUGAAUUUGGUGGAUUCCUUUUGCCUCCUGAAAUCCUUAAUUCAAGACAGUGUGUGUUUUGGCAGCUGAAGUGGAAGCUGUGUGCUCAGUUAAAGAAUUCACCUGCAAGAUUCUUUUGUCUGUUACUUCCAGGGGCUCAAAUGACCUUAACUAUUCCUUCUGGCUCUAGAGUACAGUAAGCUGUGACUUUUGUUCCCCUAGAAUUCAGUGGCAGAACUUGCACUUCAAUAAGAAUAAGAUCGUUUCCCAAAUGCUGUCACAUAAUAGUUGUGCUCAUUUGAGCUUGCACCAUGAUACCUGCACAAUUCAGAUAUGAAAGGUAGAGAGAAAAAUAUUCUUGAUACAUUUUCAUAUUCCUUAUUUAAGUGUGAUUGUGGGGACUAUCACACAGAGAAGAUCUGAUUGUGGUUAUCAGCACAACUCUUGAAAAAUUAUGCAGGGUAGAUCCUUUUGAAUUUAACUGAUGAGAGAUUUAUUUAGAUAUGGUAUAUGCAAAGUAUUCCACACAGAGAAAUGCUGCUUUUCAGCCUGUAAGUCCUGGGCAACUGUAGUUCCAAUGUAGCUUUGAGAUCAAAAGCCUUAAUUUUCUAUUAGAUUAGGGUGAUGUAUCUAACGUCUUGACUUCCAUGAAACAUUUGAGCAAGAGAGAUUCAUAGGAUUAAUGCUAAAUCUGUUCUGAAGAUUUUUUUUCUGGAUUGGGACAUAAAUACUUUGUGAGAUGUGACUGUCUAUUGAAUCUCCCUUGAAAGCAAGAAGCCAUUUCAGAUGCUGUCCGUGACAACGUGAGUCUGACCAACGUGGAACUUCCCCUAACCACAGCACUCCCACCUGCAUGCUGUUGUCAGAAAACAUAUUGGUUUGUGUGAGUGUUCCUUUUCCUGUAAAACAAGUUAACAUAAGCUCUGUGUGUGCCUAGUGGUAAUGCAUAAGAACAAGAUGCAGCAGACUGUGUGAGCCCACAACAUCUCAGACUUUGCCAUUUGUCAUUUUGUCCAAUCCUACGUAAGUGCAGUGGGAUCAAACAAGAUGCCACAAGCAUCAGCUCUUACAUCCUAUUGAUGUGCUAUGUCCUUUUCUUAAAUUCUGCUGCUUACACAGAUUUUCCCCUCUAAGCAUAUGUACAAGCACAUGCGUAUUGUUGUCAGCCAAGUAAUUACAAAGCCUGAAGCCCAGAUCCAGCUAACUGCCUUGCAUAGCCACAGGACCAACAGCCCAGGCUUCCCUUUGGGCAGCCUGGUUCAGGUGCACUUUCAGUCCCUGCCCUGAGCACAUCGCUCAGGUAGUGCUGAGUGCUGGCAAGGCUGCGCUGGGACAGAGCAGCCAGCGUCCUCACUGGUGGCAUCCCGUCCUGCACAGCCACUGUGGGGAGCAGAAGGCAACCCGGCAUGAAAUAGUCACGGGCUAUUUGACAGGUGAAAUGCAGCCUGCCACCACAGUGCCUGUAACCAGCUAAGCAUCUCGUAGCCCACCUCUCCUGCACGACAGCAAUGCACCUUCAGGGAUGUCAAGACUGAAAGAGGGAACAAAACCAACAACAGGAAAAAAUAACUUAAGCUGUUAAGCAGGAAAGCAACUGUACUUUCUUGAAGUCUGAAAUGGAGUAACCUUUUAAACAUUGGAAUAACUGUGCUAUGCUCACCUUGAUUUCUUAAGGAAUAGCAGAGACCAGCUGUGUUUUAAUUUUUGGUUGUGUUUAAUGCCAUAUGAACUCGUGCAGGAUUUUCUAAUUCAGUGGGUCUGCUUUAACCUACCUCAGCUAGAGUGCUAUUGGACCCUGAAUUUCCUCCCGAGCAUGCUCAUCAUAAAAUUGUCUUCAGUGAACCUAAAAGCUGAGUAUUGCCAGUCAGAGCAGUGUGUGGGAAUACUGUACAUAAGUUGCACAUAGUUUUUUAUAUUGAGGAACAUCCCAUGAUGAUUUUAAUACAGAAGGCACUCCACUUUCACUUUUCUUAUUAAAAACAACCAGAUGUUUGUUUUGGGACUAAACCUUUGUCUUUGCUCCCAGCUUCUGUGAAGGAAAUUCAAAUGAAUUUAGAUCGUUCCACUCUUCAACCAUUGCCAGAUGUUUAAAAUUAAUUCUGAAUGGGUUUUAGAAGCGUUGCAGUACUUGGUUUUGGUUUUCAUAGUUGCUUUGGUAUAGGUUCCUAGUGUUGUACCUUGGGGAGAAUGCAGUGAGUGGUACAGGUCACUACUUUUUAAUGGAAAUAUGGACGGUAGGGACCCACAUCAGCUCUGUAGAGAAGCUCAUUGUUGUUCUAACACUCAUACAGGUAGGGUACAGACUAGCUGCCAUUACAGCCUCUUUUUAACCUAGUGGAGAUGCAAAUAAAAUAAAAGGAAUACAGUUAGAAGUAGGUAUCCUGCAUUAGCAGGACUAAUUUAGCCUAGGUCUAAACCUAAACAAAGUGGGUGUAUGUGUUGGUUGUGUACAACUUCAGCGACUUGGACUUGGCGUGGUCCAUAGCAAUAAGCCAAGUUACCCCAACAGAGCGUAGUCUCAUGACUUAGCUGGAUGCAUUUUGGUAGUUUAACAGAAAUAAUGCUUAAGUAGAUAGAAUUAUGCUAGGAAACGAAUUACUCCACACAUAUAUUUACACAGAGCAUCCAGAUGGCAGCAGGAGCCAUCUGAACUUAGAGCAGAGCAGAAAUUGCCUUUUGCAGAACAGCAUCGGGUGGGGAGCAGCAGGGCACUUUCACCUCUCUGCUCAGGAGGGAGGUAGCUUGUUUCUCUGCAGGUAACUCUUCCGUCUGGUUAUAAACCCAGCAGCCUGCAUGUUCUUCAUCUACAGCAUCUCUUUUGCCAGCUUCUAUUUCCUCCAAAUCCCCUCUCUGGGAGGGAGCCAGCCUUUAGUAGUGCAGUCCUUGCAGAAAUUGCCCCGCUGACUAUCCAGGAGGAACCCGGGGAACCAAAAGGUGGCACACAUACCAAAGGGCUUUGGAUGUCUCUUGCUUCCUUUUGAUUCCUUGGGAUAUUUGUGCAGCUCUCUGGGGCUCCAAAAUCAUGAUCCUCCUGUAUCCCAGGCACCUGGACAAGCACCAAGCUGCUUUUUGUGGGAUGCAUCUGUUCCUGGAGCACAGGCUCUUCCCUAUAAAUAGGAGAGCAGAGCCUUUUGCACUGGGAUGAGUCUCAUCCCCUGUGGUGCAGAGUCCACAUAAGGCAGUUGUAAAUUGACUAAACAUUUACAAAAGAAGCAAGUCCUCCUCUAAUAAGCACAAUGAAACUUGAUUUCCAAAAAUGUCAAUUUGGAACAUCUGCACAGCUGCUAAAUGAAUACAGCAGGCAAACUUUCUGUCCUGCAGAGCAACAAGGGACUCUUAGUUUUCACCUACCCACACAAACCCAAACGUUAUCUUUUGUGAACCAUCAUCCUGACUCUUUCCUCUGCAAAUUUCCCUAUUAUGUUUAGUGGGACCAAACAAAAGUAUUGUGCCAUCAGGGGCAUUGUCAGAUCUCCCACUGCGUGCAAUGCUACACGAUUUCCUGAACCUGUAUUUCCCUCAUCAGCCCAGAAAGAGUUCUUGUGAAGAUCUCUUACUAAGAGAGCACAGGCCUAGCUGACAAUCUCUUACUACUUCUGAGGUUGAAAGAUGCACACUAAAAUAUGUCAGCAAGGACAGUAGGAUACUGUGAUGCAUCUUGAAUUUGGAAAGCAAUUUGGCUUCUGAAACACAGAAGACAGGCAAACAGCACUGUCACCUCCCAUAUUUGCCAUACUUUAAAGACAUAAAGAAAAAUACAUUGGACUGGAUUAAAAAAAAAAAAGCUUACAUAUAUCAGAAA